UGAAUAUCUGGCAGAACACUGUACAAACUUUGUGUUCACUGUUCUCAGUCUCCUCCCUCCUUUCUCUCUAUGCUGCCUCCCACCCUCCCUCUGACUGCUGCUGCCGCUGCCGCUGCCACUGCCAUUGCUGCUGCUGCCUCCUCCCUCUCUGAAUCUUCAGCGUGACUGGAAAUAGGCUGAAUUAAUCAGCAGAUUUGGAGCAGCUCCUGAUUCUCUGCAGCACUGGGAUUCUUGUUCACAUUCUCUCUAGCUUUCUGUGGUCAGUAAGUCUGUCCAUCUGUCUCCUCUCCUUUUUUCCUCCCCUCCUCCCUUCUCUUCCUUCUUCUCUACCUACUCCCUUCCUCAUCUCUCUCCCUCUCUUUCCCUCUUCUUCUCUUUCUCUCCCUUUUCUUCUCUCUCCCCCUCUCCUUUCUCCAUCCCAUUUCUCUCUUUCUCUCCUUCUCUCUCUUGUCUGUCUCUCUUUCCUCUCUCUGUCUCUCUCCCUUCUUCAUCCCCUCAUCCUUCUCCCCCUUUUGUCUCUUUUCCCUUCCUCUUCUGCCUCCUCACCUUUUCUCUUUGUCCUCUAACUCUUUUUCUGUCUCUUUAAGGACAGUAUUGGAAAUUGUUUUAUUUAACUCUUGGUUACUCAGGCCUUAUCCUCGAUGCUCUUUAAGCAGGCAGAACUGUGGAUGCCCCAUCAGGGCAAGUGCAGCAAAGGCGAUCCCCCCUUGGCCUUGGGCCUAUCCACAGGUAAGGCCCUUAGGAUCCUGAAGGAGCAGCUGGAGGCAGUACUGGAAGGGCACUUGAAGGAGCAAAAGAAAAGCCUCACAUGGAAGGAGAUAUGGAAAAGAAGCUUCCUGCACCAUAGUAACCGCUGUUCCUGUUUCCAUUGGCCUGGUGCCUCCCUGAUGCUGUUGGCAGUGCUGCUGCUGCUAGGCUGCUAUGGGAGUCAGCCAGCCGGGAGCCAUGGGGUAGAGUUGGUGAAUGCCACUGCCCUUCUCCUGCUGCUGCUUCUGAACCUCAUCCUCAUUGGGAGACAGGAGCGACUGAAGCGCCAGGAGGUGGAGAGAAGGCUUCGAGGGAUCAUUGAUCAAAUAAGUGAUGCCCUCAGGGAUGGUAAAGAGGUCAGAUGGCCGAAUGCCAUGUAUCCAGAUCUUCAUAUGCCCUUUGCACCAUCCUGGUCCUUGCACUGGGCUUACCGAGAUGGAUACCUGGUAAAUCUGCCAGUCAGCCUGCUGGUGGAGGGAGAUGUCAUUGCCUUGAGGCCAGGGCAGGAAUCCUUCGCUUCCCUGAGGGGGAUCAAGGAUGAUGAGCACAUUGUCUUGGAACCAGGUGACCUGUUUCCCCCUUUUUCUCCUCCUCCCUCUCCACGGGGGGAAGUGAAGAAGGGACCACAGAACCCCCAACAACACCGGCUCUUCCGGGUUCUUAAGACCCCUGUGUUGGACAACGUCAGAUGGUGCUUGGACAUGGCCUUGGCUCGACCAGUGACUGCUCUAGACAAUGAGAGGUUCACAGUUCAGUCGGUGAUGCUGCGAUAUGCAGUGCCUGUGGUCCUGGCCAGCUUCCUUAUCACUAAUGCCCUGCGCUUUGUGUUCAGGGCUCCAGGGGUCACUUCUUGGCAAUAUACCUUACUCCAGCUGCAGGUGAAUGGUGUCCUGCCAAUCCUCCCACUGUUGUUUCCAGUCCUCUGGGUACUGGCCACAGCCUGUGGGGAGGCCCGAGUCCUGGCCCAGAUGAGCAAAGCCUCACCUAGCUCCCUGUUGGCCAAGUUUUCAGAAGAUACUCUCAGCAGCUACACAGAAGUGGUCUCCUCUCAGGAAAUGCUUCGCUGCAUCUGGGGCCACUUCCUUAAUGUGAUCCAAGGAAAGUCAUCUACACUGAGCUACAGCUCUAGCUUGCUGCACAGCUUGGGUUCUGUAACGGUGCUGUGCUGUGUGGACAAGCAAGGGAUCCUGUCCUGGCCUAAUCCCAGCCCUGAGACAGUCCUGUUCUUCAGUGGGAAGAUGGAACCACCUCACAGCAGCCACGAAGACCUGACAGAUGAUCUGUCGACCCGCUCCUUCUGCCACCCCGAGCCCCAUGAGCGUGAUGCUUUGCUGUCUGGUCCCUUGAGUGACACCUUGCACCUCUCCAAUGAGCAGGAGAGGGGUGACUGGCCUGGGGAUGGCCCCAAACCACCUGAACUUCACCCUCACCGAAAACUACAUGGGCGCAAUAAACAUCCCUCUGGCUCCAAUGUGAGCUUCAGCAAGGACAUUGAGGGUGGAGAAGAUGAGCUAUUUAAGGCUGUGACUGAAGGGGACACCUGUGAGGCAGAGGACUUUGUGUGUGACUAUCACCUGGAGAUGCUGAGUCUGUCUCAGGACCAGCAGAACCCCUCCUGCAUUCAGUUUGAUGACUCCAAUUGGCAGUUGCACCUCACCUCCCUCAAGCCUCUUGGCCUCAAUGUACUGCUGAACCUGUGCAAUGCCAGCGUCACUGAUCGCCUAUGCCGCUUCUCUGACCACCUGUGUAACAUCGCGCUCCAGGAGAGCCACAGUGCUGUGUUGCCUGUACACGUGCCCUGGGGGCUCUGCGAGCUGGCCCGCCUCAUUGGCUUCACUCCUGGUGCCAAAGAGCUCUUCAAACAAGAGAACCACUUGGCGCUGUAUCGCCUUCCCAGUGCUGAGAUGGUGAAGGAGACAGCCUUGGGCAAACUAUCCCGGGUCACCAAGAGGCGCCCACCACUGAGCCAUAUGAUCAGCCUUUUUAUCAAGGACAUGACCACCAGCACUGAGCAGAUGCUGUCCCAUGGCACAGCAGAUGUGGUCCUGGAGGCCUGCACUGACUUCUGGGACGGAGCAGACAUCUACCCACUCUCUGGCUCAGACAGAAAAAAAGUCUUAGAUUUCUACCAGCGAGCCUGCCUCUCAGGCUACUGCUCUGCCUUUGCCUACAAGCCCAUGCACUGCACCUUGUCCUCUCAGCUCAAUGGCAAGUGCAUUGAGCUCAUGCAGGUGCCUGGCCACAAUGCCAUCUGCACCUCCUGUGAGCUUCCUGGCACCAUACCCAUCAAGCAAAACGUCCGCCGCAACAGCUGGAGCUCUGACGAAGGGAUCGGUGAAGUGAUGGAGAAGGAGGACUGUAUGCAAGCUCUGAGUGGCCAGAUCUUUAUGGGCAUGGUGUCAUCCCAGUACCAGGCCCGCCUGGACAUUGUUCGCCUCAUUGAUGGACUGGUCAAUGCCUGCAUCCGCUUUGUGUACUUCUCCCUGGAGGAUGAGCUUAAGAGCAAGGUAUUUGCAGAAAAGAUGGGCCUUGAGACAGGUUGGAAUUGCCACAUCUCCCUCACACCAAAUGGUGAUGUUCCAGGCUCUGAGAUUCCACCUUCUAGUCCCAGUCAUGCAGGUUCCUUGCAUGAUGACCUAAAUCAGGUGUCUCGGGAUGAUGCUGAAGGACUCCUGCUUAUGGAGGAGGAGGGUCACUCUGACCUCAUCAGCUUCCAACCUACUGACAGUGACAUCCCUAGCUUCUUAGAGGACUGUAAUCGGGCCAAGCUGCCUCGGGGCAUCCACCAAGUACGGCCACAUUUACAGAACAUUGACAAUGUUCCUCUGCUGGUACCCCUCUUUACUGACUGCACCCCUGAAACCAUGUGUGAGAUGAUUAAGAUCAUGCAGGAGUACGGCGAGGUGACAUGCUGCCUGGGUAGCUCUGCCAACCUUCGCAAUAGCUGCCUCUUCCUGCAGAGUGACAUCAGCAUUGCUCUGGAUCCUCUGUAUCCAUCCCGCUGCUCCUGGGAGACCUUUGGCUAUGCCACCAGCACCAGCAUGGCCCAGGCCUCAGAAGGCCUCUCUCCCCUGCAGCUCUCGGGGCAGCUCAACAGCCUGGCCUGUUCAACGGCCUUUCGGCAGGAAGAGAGCAUCAGUAUCAUCCGGCUCAUUGAACAGGCCCGUCAUGCUACCUAUGGCAUCCGCAAGUGCUUUCUCUUCCUAUUGCAAUGCCAGCUGACUCUAGUGGUUAUGCAGUUCCUUUCUUGCCUGGUACAAUUGCCACCACUCUUGGGCACCACUGACAUCCUAUGGCUGUCCUGUUUUUGCUACCCCCUUCUGAGUGUCUCCUUGCUAGGGAAGCCUCCACACAGCUCCGUUAUGUCUGUAGCUACAGGGAAGAAUCUUCUCUCCAUUCCCAAGAAGACCCAGCACUACUUUCUCCUCUGCUUCUUGCUCAAGUUUAGUCUCACCAUUGGCUCGGGCCUCAUCUGCUUUGGCUUCAUCCUGCAGAGUUUUUGUGACAGUGCCCAGGCCCGAAACCUUACUAACUGUUCCUCUAUCAUGCAGCGCAGUAAUGCUGAGAUGGCUCCAGAUUGGUUUGAGGACUUUGCCAAUGGGCUCUUGCUAGCCCAGAAGCUCACAGCUGCCCUGAUCGUCCUACACACCGUGUUCAUUUCCAUCACCCAUGUGCAUCGCACCAAGCCCUUGUGGAGAAAGAGCCCCUUCUCCAACCUCUGGUGGACCCUAACGGUGCCUGUGGUGCUUCUGGGGCAACUGGUGGAGACGGCUGUGGACUUGCAGCUCUGGACCAACAGGGACAGCAGUGUUAACUUUGGCCUAGCGGAUGUGCCCCUGAUAACCUGGCUCCUGGGCUGCCUCUCCCUCAUCCUUGUGGUAGUCACCAAUGAAAUCGUCAAGUUGCAUGAAAUCCGGGUCCGGGUAAGAUACCAGAAGAGGCAGAAACUACAGUUUGAAACUAAACUUGGCAUGAACUCUCCGUUUUGAGCUACCGUGCACAACUGAGUUCCUCUUGCCUGGCAUUCUGCCCUCCCUGGGAACCCUUCUGCCUGUCCUCUCCACCCACCCCACCCCUUGUAUGUUUGGGGAUUCAGGUUGUAACUGCUAGAGAGGUGGGCCUUGGGCCCUUUAACCCAGGGUAGGGAGAACCCCCAGGGCCCAUGGGCCAAGCAUUCCUGCUCUGUCACUGCUAGACCCUAGUGUCUUCCAUUUUGCUCUUUACCAGAUAUUUUGGAGGAAUCCCAGAGCCCAACAGGCACUGAGCCAGUCCCAGCCUUUUUUCUGAGCCCAGCCCAGAAAGGGCCUCCUUAUCUAAUGUCCUGGGCACUUUAUGGCACAAACCCAGACGUUAGGGGGCUUCUGCCCCACCUGAGCAAUCCCCCUGAGUUCCCCCUAGGUGGUGAUAUUGAAUGCUGGGGGGAUUUUUUUCCUCAUCCUCCCUUCCCUGACACCACAGAAGACAGCCACAUGCCCCUCCCUUAACCUUGUCUUCCCAGGGCUGGGGUAUGGCCCCUGAACUCCCACCCCCAUCCCCCCUGCUUUCACAGAGGAACUUGCAGUUCUUGCCUUCCCUUCUCUGGGCCUGAAGAUGGAGACUGGCCCCAGCUCACCUGGCCCACCCCAGUCGCACACACCUCCUCUCCCCCCCCCCCCCCCCCCCCGCAACAGCUGGAUGCCACCGUGUGGGCAGGGUUCCCGUCCCUUCCUCCAGUGUCUUUCCUAUGUGAGAGUGUUUUUACUGGUGUAUAUUUUCUAUCAGAAAUGAGCCUUUUGGAGAUGAAUGUAAAAACUCCAUUUGUAUUAAAACUUGUAAAUUGCU